AUGGCCUCCUCCGUCCACGCUGUCGAGAUUAAACUCAUCGGCGCCAAUCGCCUCGAAAAUGUGAACCAGGGCGGCGGACGUCUCCUGCCUUACGCCGCCGUCUGGCUUCACUACAGCUGCAUAGGCUUCACACCAGCCGACCCUUUCGGUGGGUCCUCCCCCUCCUGGAACCACACCGUCCUCCUUCCCCUGCCUUCGGGUAUGCCGAUUGAGGACGCCGUGUUGCAAGUCCGCGUCCUGCACGCUGGCUCUGAGGACGGCACCGGGCUGCUGAUUGGCUUGGCCCAGCUCCGGCUCCGCGAUGUCCUCGAGGACGACGUCGGCGGAGAGCGCGCCUACCGGUGGACCCUCCAGCUCUGGGAGCCCUCUAGCAGGCCCCAGGGGACGGUUGACAUCGAGCUUGCGGUGAGGGAGAUGCGCUACUGUGUGACUCCAACUGUCCAUGCCGUCCCACCACCACCACCACCACCACCACCACCGAGCUCUGGGCAGGAAGAGGGAAUUGUAGGGGUGUUCCCGGCGUUUGUUUUUCCCUCGUCCGAUGAAGACCCUGAAGCCAUUGAAGAUCCCUCCAAUCUCUUCUCCGACGAGGCCUCCAGUACCUCCGAAGAAGCCUCCGAAACCUCCUCUGUAGACAAAGACGAAGACGGAGACACCGUCAUGAUUGAUCUCGCCUGCGAAGACGACAGCGAAGACGACGACGACGACGACGACGACGAUAAUUAG